AUGAAGUUUACUCUUCCCCUUUUCCUCGCCGCCGUUGCGCUGAGCGCUUCCGAGGCUGUCGCCAAGCCCAACUCCGUCUACGACAUGGACCGUCUCCCCAGCGGUAUGAUGCUCCCUCGUCGUAGCCGUCACCCCAUUUCUGAAGAGCGUCGUCGCGCCAUGAUCGACACCUACUUUCAAGAGCACCCCUUGGAGAGGCGCGCAUAUGAAGACGAUGCUGCCCCCAUUCGUAAGCGCAAGGCUUGCAAGGCCAAGACUUCUAGCGCGAAGAACAAGGCUCACAAGUCCAAGGCCAAGUCUGCCUCCUCGAGCUCUUCGGCUUCAUCCUCGGGUAAAGCCGAGGCCGCCGUCGGCGAGGACAAAGUGGCUGCCAAGACCAGCUCAAAGUCAAAGACCUCAUCCUCUUCUGACAACAAGGACAAUGGCGGCGGUGACGACAGCAGCAACGACGCCAGUGGCGUUGUUGCCGGCAUCGGCAAGGGUCUCAUCGGCAUGAAGUUCGCCGGCGCUUGCUCUUCGUCUGGCGCCACGAAGUCGGAUCCCAACGGUAGCAUUGAUUUCCUCAACUGCGGAAUCAGCAAGUCUAACCCGAACUCCAAGUGGAAGGCUCCCAAGGUCACCCUCAAGGAUCUCAAAGUCAUCAGCGCCGAUCAAGCUGCCAACAGCGCCGCGUUCAAGGCUUGCGCGAAGUACGAGGGCUCCUUCAAGUCCGCCGAAAAGUCUUCCGGUAUUCCUGCCGUCGUGCUCAUGAGUUUCGCUAUGCAGGAAUCCACUUGCAACCCAAGCGUCAAGGGUGGUAACGGCGAGAUUGGCAUGAUGCAGCUUACCCCCGACAAGUGCGGCGGCAAGAACUGCUGGGACGUCACGACCAACAUUGCCACUGGUGCGCACUAUUUCAAGGACGAGAUUGACAGACGCGGCGGCAACUUCCUUGCAGCCCUCGGCGCGUACAACGGUUGGCAAGACAACCAGAUGAGCUAUGCCAGCGCCACGUCUCAACAGUACGGAUGCCACGCUCAGAACAACCUCGACUACCUGAUGCAGAUGCUCAACUACUGGUUCCAAGGCAAGAUGGGCUACGAGUACAAGCACUACAACAACCUUGGAUCCUGCUAA